AUGGCGGAACGUCGGAACGACUACCUUAGAGGGGCAGGUGGUAUAGCAGGGACAGCAGUAGAUGUAGCUUUAUUUCCUUUAGACACGCUUAAAACUAGAUUACAAUCUAAAUCAGGAUUUAAAGCUUCAGGAGGAUUUCGUGGAAUUUAUUCAGGGUUAACAAGUGCUGUAAUUGGUAGUUCUCCAGGAGCAUCGGCAUUUUUUGUUACAUAUGAGUAUAUGAAAAAAAAAUUAGGAAGUAUAUUUCCCGAUUCAAAAUAUUUACCAUUUAUUCAUAUGAUCGCUGCAUCAGGUGGAGAAGUUGCAUGUAUUGUAAGAGUUCCAACUGAAGUUGUUAAACAACGUAUGCAAGCAAAACAGUAUUCUACAACUUCAUCAGCGUUAAAAACUAUUUUUAAUCAAGAAGGUUUAAAUGGUUUUUAUCGUGGAUAUUUUAGUACUGUAAUUCGUGAGAUACCAUUCACUUGUUUUCAAUUUCCACUUUACGAAUAUUUAAAAAUUGUAGUAGCAAAAAAAACAGACCGAAAUUAUAUUGAACCAUGGGAAGCAGCAAUUUGUGGUAGUGUAGCUGGUGGUACAGCGGGCGCUGUUACUACUCCAUUGGAUGUUAUAAAGACGCGUAUUAUGUUAUCGGCUAAAGGUCAAACUAUACAUAAUUAUUCUGGUACAAUCAAUACAUUUAAUAGAAUUUUGCAUGAAGAAGGAGUUAAAGCUUUAUUUUCCGGUAUUGGGCCAAGAGUCAUUUGGAUUAGUAUAGGAGGAAGUAUUUUUUUAGGAGUUUAUGAGAAAGCAAAAAAAACUUUGUGUGAAUAUGACAUUUUAGCCUAA